AUGAGCUCCAGACGACGAUCGGCUGUUACAGCCUUCCCAGAUUCGACGCUUCGAGGAUCUAAACGUCAAAAGAUCUCAGACGACAACCCAAAUCGUGCGUCGUCACGUUCGGACCCUGAGUUACCGGAUGAACCAGAUGGUACCGCGGAGUCGCAUGCCGAGUCCGAGGCCGGGUUUGAAGGUGACGAUCUUCAGACUGCCCAGGAUAAGAUCAUGUCUGAGCUAACUCGGCUCAAGGAUCAUGAUGGUCAGGAGGUCUCUUACCCUUUCAUUGGGAAACCAGAUCGGAAUCUUUACCGAGACUAUUACGAGAUUAUACAACAUCCGGUGUCUUUGCGGAGCAUCCAAAAGAGAGUUCGUGGUACGGACAGCAGGAAAAAUACAUCCAGGACUACCGCAUAUCCUACGUGGCAAUCAUUUGAAGAGGAGGUCAGCUAUAUAUGGCGAAAUGCUAGAGACUACAAUGAAGAUGACAGUGAAAUUGCUAUCCUCGCGGGGGUUUUGGAAGACCACUUCCGUCGACGGGUUGCGGAAGCCAAGAAGGUUGUUCCUGAAUCCUUCCAGGUAGAUGGAGCCCCUGAGAUACCUCGCAUCAAAUUGAAAGUGGGCACACCUGUGUCCCCAAUGACGCAGAGAUUGACCUUGACAAUGCCUGGGCAGACCACUGAUACCGUAUCCAAGGACGAUGGUCAGCCUACAGACGUGACAGCAGAGGACGAGUCCCUAAGCCGAAGGCAAUAUGUUGCCAGGGCUAGAUCAACGGGUCAAGCUAUCAGAGAGUCAGCUGGGGAAGGCUCUCCCAAAAAACAUCUCGACAGCUCGAGGUCGAGCACUGCUACCACACCAUCUUUCUCCGAGCAACAACACAAAACAUCCGUGAGCACGCGGGGCCUUCUAAAUUCGGCAAGCACCGAAUCUGCCCUUGCAACGACCACUUCCCGCCAUUCUCCCAACGUGUUGUUCGAGGCUUCUGCGGAAGUCGCUCGACAUGCUUCUUUGGGCUCAGCGCACACUUCAUCCCAGGCCCAAGUUGGCUCGUCACCCAUGGACUCAUUUCUCAGGCGGCCACAUCAAGAUCCAAACGUGGCUCUGAUUCGCAAUGUUGAAAUACUUACGCAUGCCUCUUUGUCUUUGCGAUCAGACUUCUGUCUAGACAUCCCGCCCUCGCCACUUGUCUCGCAGCAGAAUAUAACAGUCCAUCUUCCUCCGUCGCAUAAUUUACUGACGGUCAGACUUCGCUUGGCGGCUAGUACCCCUGACCGGCAGGUGAAGAUAGUUGCGUUCGUGGGUACGCAACGUCUUCUUCCGUCUGGCGAGGCAACUAUACUUUCAUAUGAUAUCCAUCUUCACCCCGGCAUGAUGAAGGUUGACUUUGAAGCUAUUGCGGGGCCCGCCAGGGGAAUUCCCAAAUCCAUUGUUCCUGGUUCAGAUAUUGACUAUGAACGUGUCACGCUAUUCUUCAACCUGUUACGGUGA